AUGCAGCUACACAGGGCCCAGACACGCACAGCAGCCAGACGCGGAUAUAACGGAUUGAAAAGUGAUAUAGAACCCAGAGCAGCCGCUAAUGUACAAGUAUACGAUAUAGAUGAAUAUGAAGAUUUAUUGUCAAAAGCACAAGAUCAUACUGUUGCCUCACAACUGGAGAUCACACCAGGAGGGUUAUUGAAAAACUUAACUGUAGGGGCUAACCGAGUAUUAGAUGAAAUCGCCGAUCUUGCUUCAGGACCGUUCCCAACAACAAACAAUGGCGCCAAAAUGCAGCCGUUCCUGGCAUCAAUGCAACAGCAAACCGCUGGUAUACAAAAUCCACAAAUGGCACUUACACCAACCAUGGCCGCACCAGGGAUGCCGAUGCAAAUGACGCCACAAAUGCCAAUGGCUAUGACACAACCAAUGCAACCACAAUUGACACCAAAUGUACCGGUCAUGGCACCUAUGCCAACAUUGGCACAAACAGCAGCUAUGGCAGGACCAGUACCCCAAAUGGUAAUACCCGGGGCACCGCAACAAAAUAUUGAACAAAACGCCGCACAAAAUGUAAAUGACGCCUUAAAAGCAGCAUAUGUAUCACCAUCAAUGACAAAAGCAAGCCCGUCAGUGGUCAGCCAUGAGCAUCUAACGGGGAUCAUCGUAGUCGUCAUGCUGGUGGUUUUCGUAGUCGCCGGGUGUAUAGUACGUCUUAAACAGAGGAAGAAAAGUAAGAACAAAGUUUGA